AGUAUGUCACGUGAAGUACUGUUAACCAGGACAGAGCAGUUCAGUGCAGCUCACAGGCUCUUUGUCAGAGAUCUGUCAGACGAGGAGAACUUUAAGAUAUUUGACAAGUGCUUGGAGAACGGCCACGGACACAACUACAAGGUAGAGGUUCGUGUCAAAGGUAGGGUUGACGAACAAACAGGGAUGGUGAUCGACAUCGGAAUCUUAAAACGAGAGAUACAAUCCGUUAUAGAGCAGGUGGACCAUAAGUUCCUUGACAAAGACGUACCCUUCUUCGCUGAUAAACCCUCCACUGUGGAGAACAUCUGUAUCUUCUUCUGGCAGCAGUUGGAGAGUAGGCUACCGGGUGGGGUUAUGAUGAACAAAGUGAAGGUUCAUGAAACUGAUAAGAAUGUUGCUGCGUAUAAGGGCUGAGAGAGUGGCUUGUUUUUUUUGUGGCUGUUAAUUAAGCCAUGUAUGUAAAAUAAACUGUAUGUAGUGGUUUUAUCUUUUUAUACGAAUUUUAUGCACACUGUUUAAUGAUGUUUUGUGUUAUAUUUUUGGGUAAAAUUAAUCAUAAUUACAUGGAUUAAUAAAUCAAUAUCAGAAUACAGAAUAUUGUUUAUUGUUAAUUAUGGAAUUGGAUAAAUUUGGGUAUAAGUAUUGACAUUUUCAUUUUCGAUAUUUUUUAUACAAAAUUUAUUAAAUUAUCCAACCACUUUUUCACACGUCAGCACAAUUUAUAAUUGUUUAAAUUUAAUUAAUCGUAACUGGAACUAUUGUUAAAACUACAGAGCUUUUGUUCCCAUACAACCUGUUGACAAUGCAAAACCGUUCGCGUUGCGUGGCCUCCCCCUCCACUAUACACUAUACAAUUUAUACAACUUUGUGGCUAUUAUUAUAAAAGUGUACAACUUAUCGCACCAAGAUGUUGAGGUGCGUUGUUGAGGUCCACAUUAUCCCAUGACUAUGUGGCAGUGCACGUUGCACUUACUCUGCUCUAUUUAGUUAGUUUCAGUGUUACUUGUAUAGUGUGUGGGGUUGAGGUGUUAUGUUGUGACGUUAUGUUAGUUAUUCAAAUAUGAUUGGAAUUUGCUUUUAUUUUAUUGUUUUGUAAUAUUUACGUAGUGCCUGUCAAUGAACUUGGAUGACCUCCAGGCUAAGUGACCCUUGUUGAUUUAUAAUCAGUCAUUGAUUUUACUAUGCUGUGUUUUAUGAUAUUUUGUAUAAUGUAUGUACUGAAGUAAUGGUGUUGUAUGAAGCUGUAUUUACGUAAAUAA